AUUUUGCGGGCAAGAAAAAGUAUUCCCGAGAAAUCUCGGGAAAGAAUACUCAUUUUCUAUUCGUUGUUGAGAAGGAAAUAUGACGUGAAAAUGUAACAUUUUUUUUAUUUUAUGAUAAUCUAAAAGCAUCAAAUCGCAUCUGUGUUUGCAUUAUAAAGUUUUUCUAAGUUUUUAACUUACCUUUUUUCUCCUUAAAUUUCUCUAAAACGUAUAAUGUAAAAUGUCUGAUCAAAUAAACAGAAACACUGGUGGAGGUCCUUCCAACAACGAUUCCGCAGAUAAAAGCCUUGAUAGAACCAAAACUACACCUGGUCAAAUUAAGGCUAUGAUUGGUUUCUUUGAGAGUAAUCAAGACCUUUUUAAGAUAUAUCUUGGUGGACAAAAGUCGUCCGCUCCUUCAGCUGGUAGUCAGAUAAAAAAAAGAGAGAUCAUUGAGAGAUUGUUUCAGCAACUUCUGGCAGAUAAAGUAAUUCCGUCUUCCUGGAAUUUCAAAUCGGUUGGAAAACGUUUUGAACGCCAACUCGCAAAGUAUGGCGAUGUACAAAGAGAUAUGAACUCUACCGGUUUUGGCUUGACUACAGAUGACAUUAAACGUGGACUGACCUCCAUCGAGAUCAAGUGUGAGCAUUUGUGUAUUGGAUUUUCUCGUUUGGCUUCUCUGCAUGGUGUUAGACCAAACAUAACUCCUUAUUGUGUGGCUUUCCAUGGUGCCCCUGGUGGUACCGAGUACACAUACUCCAACAGAGUAAGGCCAUCAUUAGCUGCAAUUGAGGCACAAACUUUUGCAGUUUUUGGUGGUCAACAAGAGGCGAUUGAAGAGGUCAGUCGAUUGUUGGUUGGAAGUGAUGCAGCUGAAUCUUCAACAAGAUCAUAUGCUUCUCUUUCCUCUGGUGCUCCUUUGGCUGCUGAUGUUUCUUUGGCUGCUGGUGCUCCUUUGGCUGCUGAUGUUUCUUUGGCUGCUGGUGCUCCUUUGGCUGCUCGUGCUCCUUUGGCUGCUCGUGCUCCUUUGGCUGCUCGUGCUUCUCUUUCCUCUGGUGCUCCUUUGGCUGCUAGGUCUUUGUCUGUUGCACAUGUGUCUACUGAGCGUUCUUCCUCUUUCCGUUUUUCUUCUGUUGGGCCAUUCUCAAACGAACCUCUCUGUUUGGGAUGGAGAUAAAAUGUAAAUUAAGGUAACAAAAGAAAAUACUGUUAGAACUUUGUAUAUCUUUUAUUUCGAGAAAAUUUUAGAUUAGGGAAUUCUACUAGCAAAAACUACAGGUAUUUAUACUAAAUGAUUAGAUGGCUUUCGGAUAAUAUAUGUGACGCGUUAGAGGAAUAUGAUAUAAUGUUAUACGUAAUGUCUGUUUAAAUAAAUAUGUUAUGAAGUAAUUCCU